GGAUAAUGUAGGGGGCGGAGGAGGUUCCAUAUACAUGAAAAGUUUAAGGGAUAGAGUAAAACGGUUGAAAGGAUCAGGAGAGUUUGUAACGAGCGAAUUUGAUAGAUAUUUGAAUGAACAACUAGGGGAGGAAGAAGACGACAUGGAUGCUUUAUCUUGGUGGGCUAUUAAUGGACAUCGUUUUCCUAUUGUUUCACGCAUGGCACGUGAUAUUCUAGCAAUUCCGUUGUCUACUGUUGCUUCCGAAUCUGCUUUUAGUGCAGGAGGUCGACACCUUGAUCCUUUUAGGAGUUCUUUGACCCCAAAGAUGGUACAAGCCCUUGUGUGUGUGCAAGACUGGAUUCGACUAUUCGAGUAAGGGGCGCUUCAGGAGUUGAUGUUGAGGAGAACUUAAAAGAGAUGGAGGAACUUGAGAAAGAUUUGCAAGAGAGUGGAUUGGGUGACGAUGUCGUAUACGUGGAGACUUGAGAACAUGCUGGGAGAAUGAAUCUAUUUGCUCAACUUGG